AUGACUGUCGCUGAAAGCAACAACGAAAAGGAAUUUUUCGUCAAAGAAAUUCCUGAACAGUUCACUGAUUGGGAUCUGUUCCGUGUUUUUCUCAAAUAUGGAGCUGUUGAUAAUGUUAGAAUCCCUUCAACUCAAAACGCCGGUCAAACCAAAUAUGGGUUUGUAACAAUGCUCACUCUCAACGGUUCUGAUGCUGUAAGGAAAAACAUUAACAAAAGAAAGUUGGUUGUCUCUGAUAAUAUCAGUAUUUGGGUGAGCGAUAUUCGUGUUAACGGGACUGACAAAACAAACCCUAAGAAAUCCGACAGUAGAGUUCUUGCACCGAUCUCCCAAAAUGUAACUCCCGUGUUGAAAUCCAAGCAGACCGAAGAAGAAAAGGGGCGAAGACUGCCAGAUUCGUUUAUCGCCUUCCGUGAUCUUUCAGUCGGUGAAACCAUUCAGGCUAAAGUCGUUACAUCUCCUCCCGGAGCUGAGAAUGAGUUUUCUUUCCACGUAGUGGAGGUUGGAGCACCUAACAAGAAUUACAGCGCUAUGAGCGAUAAUUUGAGUCAUUACUGUAAAACUAGCCCUUCCCUUAAAAACAGUAGUGAAGUUAAAGUUGGCGGUUUCUUAGUUUACUCAUAUGAAAAUGCCUACUCUCGCGCCAAACGAGUUUCUGAAACACAAGUUUAUUUGAUAGAUCUUGGAGUUCUCUUACCAUUUUCUCUUAAACGCUGUUGGAAAAUACUUCCUAACUUCUGUAAUCUUCCAGCUUUGGUUGUGCCCUGUUCGCUUGCCAAUGUUAAAUGGGUCAGGACCACGCCCGAAGCGAUCACAGCUGUCAGAGACGUUUUACUUCAAUGGUCUGAGACACAGGGCACUGUUCGCAUUCAGAGCACUGGAUUCAGAAAAUCUUUGAACAUCUUGAAUGUUAUUCAAAAUGAAGAUUCUCAAAACAACUUGAUUAAUUCACUUACAAAGGAAGGAUACUGUGAGUUAUCCUCCGAAGACUCCUGUGUAAAAACAUAUUCAAGAGCUGAGCUUUUAAAUAUCAAAACGAAGAUUGAAGACACGAAGUGCUGCGGGGACAUGGCCAGUAUUCAGGAGCAAUUCCAAAAAUUUGAAAUUUCAGAAGUGCUCAUUGCUUAA